AUGACCAGCAUCGCCGAACUGUUGAAGCAGAUGGGCUCAGUUGCAACGGAUAUCGACGGUAUCGCGGCAAAACUUCAGCAUCCCAAGCUCUACCCUUCAUCGCAUGUACUUGAAUCGGCCGACGCUCUUGUGAAGCAGAUUACUAGCUGCAAGCCAGCAUGGACACACACUGUCCGCUCACAGUCCGCCAAGGACAUGUCGGCAGCUGAAUUGGCAACGCAAGAGAUGAUGCAAGGUAGGGUGAAGUUGCCAACAUUCAAGCGAAACCUGGCGGCCAUUUUCCAAGCACAGCAACCACCAUCUGGUGAUUCUCCCGCACUCACGAGGGUGAAGGCAAGGGCAAAGAAACGGCGUCAGAGGCUUUGCGGUUUGAAGCCCGAAGCUAUUAUGAAAUGGGCAGCUUCCUUCCUCCCCCACGAAUGGGAAAGAAUGAGACAAAAUGUCUUUGACGAUAUCGUCGACCGGAUAGCGGAGAAACCGUUUUUCUGGCCUACCAUUGCACGUGCUAAACAGCCUUCAACACUUGCUGGUCCUUCCGAGUUGGAUAUGACACUAGCCGACGCCGAGAAGCUCUGGCCAAACUGGAAACAACAAUGUGUUAGUGUUGUCGUGGAACAGGCUUCGAGACAAGGGCAAACAAAGAUGAGGCAGACCUGGUUCGCGAUGUGCUCGCAUAGCUUCUCGUCGUCGUCCACUAUAUCGUCUGGGAGAGGCACGGAAUCCGGCGCACUCAUGUCGUCACCUACUUCGACUACACUUUUUUCCUCUCGACGAAAGAAACAAGAAGGGAUGUUUGGUGAAGAUAAGGCCGGGCACGAUGAGAUGUGGGAGUAG